UUAUAAAGGUCGCUUGUGAGAAGAGUUGAGCUCACUUGGCCUGACAGCCCCGGUGGCAGAGGGAAAAGGCCGACGCGUGACGCCUACAGGUUCCCCGCUGCGCUCCAGCCACCGCCGGCCAGCCGGCCAGGUCUCUCCUGCCGCCACCGCCGCUGCCGCCGGAGCACCCGCGCCCCGCAGUCCCGCCGCCGCCGCAACCCGAGCACCCGCGCUCUGCUCUCUGCGCCCCGCGCCCGCAGCCCGAGCACCCCCGCCCGGCUCUCUGCGCCCCGCGCCCGCAGCCCGAGAACCCCCGCCCGGCUCUCUGCGCCCCGCGCCCGCAGCCCAAGCACCCCCGCCCGGCUCUCUGCGCCCCGCGCCCGCAGCAUGGGGACGCGCAUGGCCGGCCGGCUCCCCGCGCUGCGGCUCUGCCUGGCUUUCCAUUUUCUACAAGCAACUCUCAGUACAACCAUGAUUCCAUCAUGCAUCCCAGGAGAGGCCGAGGAUAAUUGCACAGUUCUAGUUCAGACAGAAGACAGUCCACGGGUAGCUCAAGAGUCCAUAACAAAGUGCGGCGUUGAUAUGAACGGCUACUGUUUGCACGGAGAAUGCAUCUACCUGGUGGACAUGGAGGACAAUUACUGCAGAUGUGAAGUGGGUUAUACUGGCGUCCGGUGUGAACACUUCUUUUUAACUGUCCGCCAACCCUUGAGCAAAGAAUAUGUGGCUUUGACUGUGAUUCUUAUUAUCUUGUUUCUCAUCAUAGUCGCUGGUUCCAUAUACUAUUUCCGCAGAUGGUACAGAAAGCAAAAGAGUAAAGAACAAAAGAAGGAAUAUGAGAGGGUGACCUCAGGGGACCCAGUGUUGCCCCUGGUCUGAGUGGCACCGUCAAACCUACCAGCGAGUACACCGCAUGCCUGCUGGACGUUCAUGUUCCUAUUUUAUUAAUAAUAUUUAUUUUAGGUCACAUGUCAGGUCAACAACAGUGUAUUUUUAAUUUUAAUAUACUUGAAAAAUGUUUUCUUAUUUUUGUUUUAUUUUUGACUACUUGCUAAUAUUAAUGUGCAGAAAAUAUUUAAUAACAAGAGAAGAUCGAUAUUUUUGUAAGAAGUAAUUUUCUGAGCUAAACGCUCUAUUGAAAGCUUCAAAGCUUAUGUUCCCACUGCACAGUUCCUAGGAGCGAGCCAGGCCCGGGGCGUUGCUUAGGAAGUAUUAGCAAAUGACAGAUUUCUGUAAACCUGGAUAGGUAGAGUCAAAUCAAUUUAAUAAGUGUCUUUUUCUACUCUUCACAUCCAUGAUAAUUGAUUUGACUAUAUCAUGCUUUGGUGUAUUAGUUGGCACUACUGAGCUAUUAAAACAGUAAUGCAACUGGAAUUCAGGGAUGACAAAUGGAGGUUCUGUGCUGAAUGCCACACAUUUGAAACAAAUUAAGCCUAAGGGACAAAGGUCUCUUCACCUGACCGCACCUGUACCUCAGUGCCUCAGCCUGGAGGGGCAGUGGCCAGUCCCCUGUGUCAGCCCACACUCCUGCAGGGACUAGCCACCCACCUCACAAUCCUCCAUACAUGAACUGAAGAACUUAAUUGUACACCACCUUUGACACAAGUAGUGGGUAUUUUCCAGCUUCACAAUGUUCCUUUUUUUGUACAGUGCAACAUUUAUGAGGUAAUGGUUGCUAUUUCAAUAAUUAGAGAAAAAAAUCCACAUUUGAAGCUAAAAUUUGUGCUUCUUUGUAGAGAAUUCUGAGAUUAAAUCAUAGUUCAAGACUUGAUGGACGAGGCUACUUAUUAUUUUAAAAUAUAGUAAGACAGUAGUUCUAUGGAUUAUAUAAAGAUGGAAAUGCCAUGAUUUCAUUUUCUAUCCAGGAGAGCUUUAACUUGAAAAUAGCUCAUUAAGUAUCUUCUUCUAGAAUUUAAAUUCAUAUAUUUAAAAUAAUUAUAUCUUGAUGCAGGCAAUGGGGAAAAUAGGAAAAAUAACUGAUAGUGUAUUGUUCCAAAUGAAAAACUCAUUGGAAAGCUUUUAAAAAUUAGAUACUUAACCAUACCUUCCUAAGGAGGCUGAAUGAAAAUGUGGCCUUUUUUUUUUUUCCUGUCAUUUGUAUAUUUUUGGAAGAGACUAAUGUUUCUUCUGCACUCUGAGCCUGUAGACCUCAGUGGAUUAAUAAGAGUAUUUUAGGUAAUUGUAUAAGGAGCCAUUGCUGUCACCGCCUUUGGAUUUCACAGGAGGCUGCCCCAUCGAGUUCUAAACAUUUGGGCAGAGUCUCCUGGGAUCACAUACCAGGUCAGGGACGAUCUGUUCUCCUCCACUAUUUUCCUGGCAUGUGCUGGGCAAUAAAGAAAGAAUAAGCUCUGGCUGACCUUGGGGGAACGAGUGUCGAGACUUGCAUGUGUACCCCUGUGGUCUGUUCCCUGGUGACCCCAUGACCCUCAUCUGAAGUCCUAAACUGGCCCUUUAUCUUAAGAAAUUAGGAAAACAAGCAGCCAAACAAACUGUGCACACACAUUCAUAUACAAAUACAUAUGUGUACACCAGCUCAGUGAUCCUAGAAUUACACUCAUUCGUGGCUCUAUUCACCAGUAUAUAGACUUAAGAACAAAAUAAAAGAAAAUGUAAUAAAAUCAGUGACAUCUAAAAGAAUAUUUCUGUUUCUCAUUUAAUAGAGCCAAAGUCAAGGGCACUGUGUAAGGACACAUCUUAAAUCCUGUACAGUCAGCCCUCCGUGUCAUGAGACCUACAUAGAGGAUUCAACCAACCAUGGGUAGAAAAUAUUUGAAAAAAAAAAUACAAUAAAAAGUAUACAAAUAAAAAUAUAGUAUAGCUAUUCACAUUGCAUUUACAUUAGGUACUGUAGAUAAAUCUCAAGACGAUUUAAACUAUGGGAGGAUAUGCAUGGAUAAAAGGAACUUGAAUAUUUAUGCCCAAUUUUCAUGCCCCAGAGGCAGGGUCCUGGAAGUGAAUAACUGUAUUUUUUGAUACCGACUCUACGGAAAGGAAGUCUGUCUAUUUUCAGUCAUCUUGGCUGUUUCAAAGAAAACCUAUUGACUCACCAACAGCUCAGCUUCAAUCCAUGUAUUUUAUUUAUAAGGGGUCACUGUAAGCAUCUCAACAUUAGUACCUGGUUUCAUCUGAAGCAUCUCAAUUCAUAUUACUUAAGUAAAUGCAAGUAGUUUUGAGUAUUUCUCAUCUCCAGGAAUACUUUAAAAACCAACCCCUGAAAAAGUUAAAUCUUUAUUUAUAAAUGCAUGUUAAAUUAUAACAAAAAAUAACCCCAAAUUUUUAUGAGUGAAAAUAAGUCAAAAAUAGAUGUUUCAUUGAGCAUAAGGCUGAUUAAAAAUAAAAAACGAUGGCUGUCAGCUCAUGUGUUCUAGAGACACUGAAAAGGUUUUGGCUCAUAUGUUCCUGGUUUUACAGAUUUCUUGUAUGUGUACAUAUAUACAUCCACGUGUAUAUAGACGUAUGCUGGGGGUGCCAAAAAUGUAUACACAUUAUAAGAGCUGUUAUCUAAUAUAUCUUAUGUGAUGUAUGUACUUUGAGCACCUCUUGUAAUUGCAGAAGUCAAAUGUGACUUGUAUCCAUCUUUUGUUAUGAGUAUACAUUGAGUAUUACAAUUUUAAUGCAAUGUUUUCUUUUCCUAAAUGUAUUACCUUUUGAGGGGGUUACUACGAAAGGUGUGAGACAGACUGUGUUAUGGUCCGUCAUUUCACUUCCAAGAAACACAGUCGACAACAUCCUUUCUGAUUCACACGUGCAAGAUUCAACUUGCUCGGUUUAUUGGUGUUGCUGGGAGGGCUGCAUUUGCUUCCAUCCUCAUGGAUUUUAUGUUUCUGGAUUUUCCUGUAUCUGAGAACUUUCAUAAUGACCCAUGUAGAGCUAGAAGGGGCUAUCCCUAUUCAUUGUGUUGGAACCAAAGCAACCUACUUGCGUAAGUGCAUAAUUUGUAACCUCGCAGUUAACUAAAUUCAACUGACACCAGAUAACAAAUCGGUUUUUACACAGCAAGUACAUGAUUCUGGUGUCUCAUUGCUGUGGAAUUUAAUUAUGCAAAAAAAAACCUGUAUCUGACCUAUUUUGUCAUUUUUGCUCCAAUAACCAGUCUAUAGACUUUUGAAAAAAAUGCGUUUAAUUUGCUGCCCAUUAUUUUCUGUGUAAACAAUGUUUGUGGAGUACAUUUUAAAGUUUUAAAGAAUAACUGUAUCUAAAACAUACUUGUUAUUCAAAUUUGAUGAUGUUAAAGGUAAUAUAAUGUAUGUUCCCUUUUGCUUUUUUUGCACUCUGUAACUGCACUUUUUAAAUCUGAAGAGCCAUUUUGGUAUACGGUUUCUGUUAAAGAUGCUAAGAAACAAGGUUGUAUUGCAUACAGGUUAACUUAUUUGACUAUGAAUUUUAUCAGAGUACUGAAUUGUAUCAAUUUGAUUGUACUCAAUAUCAGCUUUGAUAAUUGUGUACCUUAAAAUAUUGAAGGAGAAUAUAAUUUACAAGAUAUUGUUAAUUUUUAUUUAUUUUAAUUGGGAUCUGGAAAAGGACCACUACUGAAAAAUAAAAAUUUUGC